GGGAACGGAGUCAAGUGUCAGGGGCGCUGCGCUGCCGCAGGAUGCCGGACCACGAGGCUCAUUUCCUGAGGGGAAGCAGCCAAAAAGCCCACCCCGAGCUCCGCGCUGCGGCUCCGCUGCCCCAGAGGCGUCCGAGCAGAGGAGCAGAGAGGAGCCCGGAGCCGCAUCCGCAUCCAGCAGCAUCCGAGUGCGGCCGCAGCUCUCCCAGGACCUGCCGCAAGCCACCAGGAUGGCCGAGGUGACCACUGCCCCCAGUGAGACCCACACGCUCCUCAACGAGUACCGGGACUACCACAACUGGUCCGAGCUCUUCCACCUGCUCAACUACACCUACAGCUUCUGCGAGUUCAGCCUGGACGAGAACGUCAAGCGCGUGAUCCUCUUCAUCCUCUACCUCCUCAUCUUCGUGGUGGGCUUGGUGGAGAACCUCCUCGUCAUCUGGGUCAACUGGCAGAGCCGGGCCAACCGGAGCUUGCUCAACCUCUACAUCCUCAACAUGGCCAUCGCUGACCUGGGGGUGCUGCUCUCGCUGCCCAUCUGGAUGCUGGAGGUGAUGCUGGACUACACCUGGCUCUGGGGCAGCUUCCUCUGCCGCUUCACGCACUACUUCUACUUCGCCAACAUGUACGCCAGCAUCUUCUUCCUCACGUGCCUGAGCGUGGACCGCUACGUGUCCCUCACCAGCUCCUCCCUCUUCUGGCGCAGGCACCAGCACCGCGCGCGCCGCGUCGUCUGCGCCGCCGCUUGGCUCUUGGCAGCAGCCAUCCCGGUGCUGGAGGUCACGCACAUGCAGCUGGUCAACACCGGGGAGCCCAUCUGCAUCUUCAUGGCCCCCUUCGAGACCUACGACGAGUGGGCGCUGGCCAUCAGCUUGGCCACCACGGCCAUCGGGUUCCUCAUCCCCUUCCCCAUCAUCGCCGUUUUCAACGUCCUCACGGCCAGGUUCGUCAGGCGCUCCAAGCCGGAGAGCAGGAAGCACUGCCUGCUCAUCUACGCCUACAUCCUCGUCUUCCUCAUCAGCUGGCUGCCCUUCCACAUCCUGCUCACGCUGCUCACCCUCGACGGCAGCCACAUCGUCCUCCACUGCACCUUCGCCCACCUCCUCUACUUCUUCUACGACAUCAUCGACUGCUUCACGCUGCUCCACUGCGUCGUCAACCCCGUCCUCUACAACUUCCUGAGCAAGAGCUUCCGCACCAGGCUCAUCUCGGCCGUCGUCAAGUACAUCCCGAAGGAGCAGGGCAAGCACAAGGGCGCGGAGAGCUCCUCCUCCUCCUCCACGCAGCACUCCAUAGUCAUCGCCAAGGAAAACGGCCCCCCCAACUAA